AUGAAGCUUGUUGGGAACUUGCUAAGCAAUCCGCUAUCACUUCACCUUCAAAGGAGAUGCGGGGACCUCCAAAUUGAGGCGCAAGAGACUCGCUGUCAGCUGGUAGCCGCUCGCGAGCGCUUGCUUGAGUUAGGCAGAGAAGCCAGGAGUCAGAAGGCGCAAAACGAGGUCCAGGCCGGCCGACUGGAACGUGUGCUGAGAGAGCGCAACGGAAUUGAAGCGGAGCGCCGCCGCGCAGAGUCAAGAGUGAAGGUCUUGGAGACCCAGCGUGAUGUUGACAUCCACACCCUCCAAGAUCUCCAAGCGGAAAUGGCCCGACUGAAGUUGCAGCUUUCCUGCGCGCGGGCAGCCGCUGAAGAACAGACAGAACAGCAGGAACAACAUCAGCCUGCAAAGCAGCCCGCAGCACCUGUGCCAGAUGACAAAGAGCCUAGUGCCAGUGCCGUGUGGCGAAAAGCAAAGGCUUUUGAGGAAAGGAUGCGUGGCAAAAGUGAGGUGGCGUCAUCCCCGAAGAGAAGUUUCGAGGAGCAACCGAAGGAGGGCGUGAGGCCACCGCGGAGCCCCAACUCCCAGAUGCGCGAGAAGCUGGCGAAGGCCAGGAGUCGCAUCGAGAGGCUGGCAGAGGCGAAGGAUGCGGAGCCAGAGACCGAGCCGAAGCUUUGCUCUGAGCAGCCUCGGGAGAGCCUCCAGGUGGAAGGUCCGACUUUUGCAAUGCUUGCCCUAUCUUGCCCUUCCUUGUUCACGUGGUUUUUUCGUGUCGCAUUGUCCUCCGGCGCAUCUCUACAAGUAGCUGGAAUUCUUCGCCUGUCCCGGAAGCCUCCUCUGGAGCGUUGGCCUUUUGACAUUAUAUUAACGCUAUCGCGUCCCGCCACGGCUUGGCUUGCACGUCAGCUGGAUGUCUCAGGCGCUAGCAGGUGA